AACUGCCGAUCAAUGGCUGCACAAUCCGCACUGGCUAGUGGCUACAUCAGCUAUAUGCCGCUAGACGUUGGACCGGCUAACAGAGUGCUAAUACAAAACGCGUCAACUCGUUGGCACAAGCGCAGGCAGGCACACUUGGCUGUGACUCGGCACGCGACAGACAAAAAUGCUUGGAGAAUUAACCCAAUUAUCUCUACCUUACCAGUCACCAGCACACUAGCGCCACAAAUUGUAUAUACCCGCGGCGGAACAGAAAGGCUGCGCCCUGUGGUGUGUGGGUUAGGUGUGAGGUUAGGCGAUCAUGUGCCGUUCCAUCAUUCCAUGUGAGUUUAACAGUCGCGCUUGACCA